UAAAACAGCGUGGUUAUCCAUGUGAUGUCAAAUAUUUUCACAUGGUUUUUACGAUCAUUUUCUUUGAAUUACUUUAAAUUCUCUUUGACGAAAUCAGUACUUUGGGAAGAUUUUGGAAAUGUUUUCAUGAAUUAAGGUGGAACUACUCCGCUGUGCAAUAUGAGCGCUUUCUCAUAUUGCUGUCGCCAUUUUUGAAUUCUUCCAAUGCUUGGCAGCAUGGAAGGAAAUUUGUCCAAAUUCUAGUCACUUCAGAGACCAUUAAAAGCUGCAAAUUACAAUUUAACUGACAAAUAAUAUGGCAUACCAAAAUACAGGUAAAUCUGAUCUAUAUAUGUUAAAGAUCGGAUAAAGUUUUGAACCGAUUCACUUUUAAAGUGAUGUACGAAUAUAUCUGACAUCUGAAACGAAACGAAGAUGGAUUGGCAUAUGCCAUUUUUUAAACGAUAUAUGAUACGAUCUUUUAGAUAAAUAAUUACAAAUAGAAUUGAAAAUUGUUUUAAAAGUGCUUGAUAUAAUGUUUCUCACCUCAGUCACCUGUCUGCAUGAUUUUAGUAGCUGAGAUAUGUGUGUUUAUAUGCGUUAAACCAUAUUUGUUUAUUUCAUAGACAUGGUUAAACUAUGUCUCUACGUAAGAUAAGACAUUCAUUCAGAGCUAUGCCUACACCUCCAUUUGUUCGUUUGCAUUGAAAAUUCAAAAUAGACUUUAACCUGCAGACACAAAGCAAUUAUAGAAUACCUCGCCAACCUAACUCUUAGGCCUUAGCAGUGAAUGGCAUUUAGAACUACCUUGUUUUAUUUUACCUGAUGCAUGAAUUGGACUUUCACAGAGCAAGAAUAAACACUAUUUUUGAAGAAAAGGGCAGUUCUAUUCACUAAAAUCAAUCCCUAUAACAGAUCUUAAACAUAAUGCAUUGUUUGCCUGGUAUUCUAUAAUUGUACUGCAGGUACACCAACGCUUAUCAUAAUUUUCUAUACAUCAGAUUAUUUUAAUGUGGAAAACUUUCAUGCAUUUGUUAUGGUCUAAAAGUGAUAUUUGUGAGUUAAAACAAGUGCUUCUCAAUAGUAUUGAGCUAACAGGUUAUUGUGCAUUGCCUGGCAAAUAUUCUUACCCUUUUACUUAUAUUAUAAUUUCUUGCACCACUACAUAUGCCAACAAUUUUGAUCUAUUCCCAGUUUUAUCCUUUGUGAAUUGUCUUCAUUGCAAACUGGUCCACUUAGUAUAUAUACAAGAAAGCAGGGGCAGUGGGUGGGAAUUACAAGUUUUCAACUUGUGUUAAUGUGAUAUUUUUAUGUCAAAAUCUUCAUAGGGUAUCGCCCUGGAAAUCCAAAUUAUGGUUCUGGUCCAGAUUUAUCUGGUGGAAUUAGCUAUCCACCACCUAGGCUACCAAUGCCCUUAUAUCAACCUUUUGACCAACCUUUUGAAAAACCUACCCCGGCAUACCCACCUACAGGGUCAUACGGAGCCAUUGGGGACCCUGUCAUACCCACAGGCGUGGGUUAUCCGCAGAGCGGGUAUGAUACAGGACAGUUUAUUUCAACACCACAAGAACCCAACUGGCAAGGUUAUGAUGGUUGUGGUGAUGAGAAGUUCACCAAUCAUGGAGGAUAUGAUAAUUCAACCCACAACUUUUACUCACAAGAUAAUGCUCCUCCUAGCAACCAGCCUGAAGGGUUUGAUCCAGGCUUUUCAAACAGCAGGGGUGGACUUGCAACAAGAGGCAACCAGGGACAUUGUGGUAUGCAACACAGUAGAGGUGGAUUUGAUGGGUUUGAUGGGUUUACCAGAGGUGUAAGGGGUGGUAAUAGGGGGCAGUAUGGUGCAGGUCGGGGUACUGGUAGGGGACAAUUUAAUACAGGGGCUAGAGGCAGGGGUCCACAUGGUGGUGGCAAUGGAAAUAGGGGAAGAGGACAAUAUGAAGGGGGCUAUAGGGGUAGAGGACAGGCUGAUUUUGUAAAUAGGGGUAGGGGACAAACCCGUGGUGCUAAUCGAGGAAGAGGGCAAAUUAAUGGUGUAAGGGGCAGGGGACAGCCUGAUGGGGGAGAGAAAGGCAGAGGCCUGUCUGAUGUUGCAAGUAGAGGUCAAGGGCAGUUUCAUAAUAAUAGGGGCAGGGGGCACUUUAUUGGUAUGAACAGAGGAAGAGGGCAAUCUGAUGGGGGUAUUCGUGGCAGGGACCAGAUGGGUGGAACUGUUGGAAGAGGAUGGGUUUCAGGAGGAACACAGGAUUUAGGGCAAGAGGCAGCCAUUGGUAGAUGCCGGGCUGUCACAAGAGGUCGAGGCCAGGAUGCAUCAAGUGGACGAGGUCAUGGGCAAAUUGUUGGCGAUGGAAAUGGGCAAACUUCGACAAUUGGCAGAGGACAGCAUGGAAGGGGGCAACCUGAGGGAACAAGGGGGGUGGGAGCAACAAGCAGAGGCCGUGGAAGAGCUGAUGGUGUUCCAACUGGUGCUAAAGCCACUAAACCAUUUAUAAUGUUAACUGGCGAGGGUUUUAUUUCAUACAAAAAUAAGCUCCAAGAGUUUGCUCAGAAGAAUCACAAACCCGUCCCUCAGUAUUCGUCUCGAAAAACUGACAUGGGCUACACGGCCGACGUGUGUGUGGACAAUCAGAUGUUCUCGUGUCUGCAGACGGAACGAGAGAAAAAGGACGCUGAACAGAGCGCUGCUUUCGAGGCUUUAAAAUGCCUGGGAUUUAUCGAUGCAAAUGAAUCGUUCACGGCUAAAUUAGGCUCUGGUAAAGCUAAAAAGAGACCGUCGGACGAACGAGAAGAUUCCGUGUCAACCCCAAAAUUUGCCAAACAAGAACAACCGUCGCCCGUUCUGGGUUCGCAGUCGUAUAAAAGCAAAAUCAACGAAGCCGUGAUGAAAAUGAAACUAGGCCCGCCAACCUAUGAUACCAUAAGAACGGCUGGCGGAUUUCUAAGCACACUUGUUUUGAAUGGACAAUUAUAUCAAGGGGUGGAACGGCACGGAACGAAGAAACUGGCGGAGCAACACGUUGCCGAGAUCGCUUUUAAGCAACUGGAUACAAAUCAUAAAAUGCCGAUAAAGCAAGAAGGUUUUAUCUUGGACAAUACGACUGAAAAUGCCGUUAUAAAUACGCCCGACUCAAACAUAGUGAUUUCUGCAUCAACUUCAAAAGCAGCCAGCACGGGCCCCAAAACGAAACCCACGAAAAACAUCGUGCAAGAAUAUUGCCAAAAGAAUGGAUGGCAGAUUCCCAUAUAUAAUACAGUUAAGGACGCUGGUAUGGUCAUUGCGACCGUUACUGUAAAUGGCGUUGAAUACGUGGGCACGCCUCAUAUUUUGAAGAAAACCGCUGAACAGAAUGCAGCGAAGAAAGUCUGCGAACAGCUAGGUCUAAAGUGACCUAGGUCUAAAAUGACGUGCUGCAUUAAAUGUUUGCAUUAAUUGUUUCGUUAACGUUAUAUACGAAUAUUUCUGUUCAACGUAACCGUUAAAUAUCGUAAUUCGCUGACAGUCGAUUGUUUGUGCCUUUGUGAAUACAGAGUUUCAGAUUGCGGUAACAUUUGAUAACGGAAAACCGCGAACCUCGAUUAAGGCGUAGCGUCUCGAGAACAUUUCGGAACUUCAGAUUCGUUACAACUGCGAAAUCUAAAAGACUUUUUUAUAAAACAUCUGUUACUACAAACUCGCAUUAAUACGCCGUUUCGUUUACAGUAGCGUAGCCAGCCUGUCGAUUUGUCUCGUUAUGCUAAUAGGGGGAUUUAGCAUGAGGACGUGAACGUCAAAGAUGACGUGAAAAUGGCAAGUAAAUGGCGUGGAGUGUCCAUAUUUGGGCGCAUCAAGCCAUUUAUUCGCCAUUUUCACGUCGUCUUUGACGUUCACGUCCUCGUGCUAAAUCGCUCUAAUAUUUUGGUGUUCACUGAGGUUGGUAUAUAGCAUUUCUUAAAAAUCGACAGCUUGAAACUGACGGGUAAAUCCAUAGAAAUGAUAGACAUAGAUGUCUAUUAUUUCUAUGUGUGAAUCUUUUUAAAUUGGAACGGCCUUUUCGAUCCAGUACCUUUUAGCUCAUUUGGCAUGAAGAACUGUUCGAUUUGAAAAGAUAUAACUUAGAGCUAACGGUGGCUGCAGAGGUUUCUUGUCUUCCGUUGUCAAUUAAAGGCGGUGUGUUACACUAUGCAACUUUCCUUGCAACUUGCAAUGCAAUUCUACUCCUGAGGCAUCUAAAGUUGACAAAUACGAACAUUUCGUGCGCUCUGCUAACGUUUUCUUAGCAUUUCGAACACUCCUUACAAAUUAACAUCGCUCAAAAUUGUCAUUGCACUGCAACUUGCAAGGAAGAUUGCAUAGUGCAUAUAACAGCGCCUUAAAAGCGCCAAUCUGAAACAGGGGUGCCAGAUUAGUAACUGAAUAAAUUAGCCAAACAAAAAAAUCAAAGACUUCUUUACACUUGCAAUUUUGCUUCGAUAUUUUCUUGUGAUGGAUGUGAACGCGCGAGUUUGUUAUGAAUGCUCUGGUUUAUACGUGCCCAAACUUAACAUUCAUAACUUAUCCGCUUAUUCACAUCGAUCACAAGAAUUAAUGAUUUCGCAGCUGAAGUCGUAGCAAAAAUUGCAUGUGUAAACGAGCUCUCGCACAAUUCUUUUAAAGCCAGUUCCCAUGGGCGAUUCUCUUCUUUUGACUGAUGUGAACGAGUGAACAACUGUAAUGAAUAACUUGUUUUAAAAUGCCUAAAUUUUCUCAACAUUCAUUACAUAUCUGUUCUUUCACAUCUUUCAAAAGAAGAAAAUCGUACCUAAGUUGCAUCAAUAUCGUCUUUGGGAAGUGAACUUUAGUUUCUCGCUUGUGGAAUGGCUGUGUUUGAGUUUAUAAAUAAUGGUAAAAGAACUAUUUGUUGUUUUUAUUGUCGAGUAAAAUUUAUACAACUUGAGAUACUGUAAAAAUUUCCAAUGGCCUUAGAAUACUUAUUAUAU